AUGGGUGUAGCCCAGGUUCAGAAAAUAUCAAACAAACAAAUAAUCACUCCAUUCCUAAACCCAGCCAAAACAACCACUCCGUUUUACAAGAUCCACCACAACUACCCUUCUCACUCUCCCUACUACUACAACUCCCUUCGUCUUCUUGUCAAAUGCCAGUUCAACACAGAACGACGCCGCUCAAUGUUCCAAAGAACGUGGUGUCAAUUCCAGUCUGUGAUGCCGGGUCAGAGAGGAGCAGAUCCGAAUUCCAGAAGUCAUUAUUCAACUGAUUUGAAAGCCAUGACAUAUGAUCUCAGCAGAUUUGAUGAAAUUAUGUCACAGGUGCUUAGAAAUGAAGUCCGUUCUCGCACAAAAGGAUCCGUACUUCCCUUGUCGAUGGCCCGAGAGUCUGAAUGA